AUGAAGACUUUUACUAUAGUUUCAUUAGAAGAUUUGCACCUACGAAAGCCUUUCAAAAGUAACUAUGUAAUUGAUCAGCAUACGUUGGAUCGUCAAACGCUGCCAUCCGCUCUUUCUGAUUGCUAUAAUUUAUGUGAUCCACCACCAAAUUUGGAUGCUUUGAAUCCUUAUAGAGAUGAUAAAAAGAGUGCUUUAAGGUAUUAUACGGAUCCUUCAUAUUUUUUCGAUUUGUGGCGGCAAGAAAUGUUAAAGGAUGUUGGAGAUGGGCGACGACAGCGUGCUAUACGUUCGCAAACCGAAAACAAAAGCCCAUCACGUAAAAAGAGGAAUAAACAAUCCACUAGCAAUGAACAUCUGAUAAAAACGUCAUCCCGGUAUGUGAUUGCGUCACAGCAACGUUGCUUGGACAUAAUGAAUUUUCCUGCCGAGUACCAAGCUCCAAAUAUUGUAAGUAAUGAUCAAAUGUAUAUUCCUGUUGGUAUGAGUGUACCAGUUAGUAUGAAUGCGCAUUCUGAAAUGAAUAUUACUUCAAGAAAUGGUGAAGUUCGAACAUGCUCAACAAUAGUGACAAGCACAAACUCUCAUCUCGUUACUCAGGAUGAUGCAACUGCUGAAAAUUCUCCAAACGCAGUCAGCAGUCAGAUGGCUGGGCUCAAUUUACAGGAUGUGCCUAUGCUCGAUGAUGAUGACGAUCUUCCUCCACCCCCUCCCCCUUUAAUGCAUACUUCUCUCGUUUGUCAGAUGCCUAAUCCACCUCUUAUGCAGUUUGUUGCACCGUCAGAAAAUAGAGUUGCAGUUCCACCUUCCCCACCGUUGCCUCCACCAGCUCCACCUGCUCCAGUCAUCACUGUAGUUCAUUCUUUCGCUAAUACAAAUGGUGAAGAAGUGAAGACCAAAACUGAAAAACCAAUACAAGCACCAGAUUCUCAUUUAAAUCUUCUGGCUGAAAUUCAAUCUGGAAUUAAAUUAAAACAAGUUCAAAGGAAAGAGCAAGCUGCAGAAGAGAAAGCGGCGGCUGAAGCAAAUGAUGUUGCAGCAAUUUUACGACGACGUAUGGAACAUGUACUUGGUAAUUCAGAUACGGAAACUGAAUCACCUUCGGACGAUGAUGAAUGGGACUAA